CUUCCAAACUCACAGGAGCACAUGGCAUCAUAAUACCACCCUUUCCCCCCAACCACCACCACUUUCUUCAUCAUUUUGUGCAAAAUCUACGCUAAUAUAUCAUUAAUUGAUUUAUGGUGGCGGGUAAGAGCAUAUCACAGGUUGGAAUCUCUUAUAUAUGAGAUUCUGAGUGGGUUCCUUGGAUUUGGUAUUAAUAAUGGGAAAUGCGAAUGGCAAAGAAGAUGAUGGUGGUGGUGGAGAUGAUAGUAACAGCCCAUCUGGAGGGGGUGCCGGGCAGGAUAGCAUGGCACGUCCGGAUGGUGAGCAUGUUGGCUAUCAUGCGCACGCUGAUGCUGGUGGCGAGUUCAUGGGUCAGUCCCCUCCUCCUAGCCCUAGGGCUGCUCGCUCACCUUUGAUGUUCACUCCUCAGGUCCCUGUUGUUCCUCUGCAAAGACCUGAUGAGAUGCACAUCCCAAGCCCUUUGUGGAUGCAAGAUACCUCUGGGUAUGAAGACGCGAGCAAUGAGCAAGGAAUUCCAACAAUGAUUACUUGGAGCUACGAUGCCAAGGAAGUUGCUGUGGAGGGAUCAUGGGAUAAUUGGAGAACAAAGAAGCCAUUGCAGAGAUCAGGGAAAGACUUCACCAUUGUGAAAGUGCUUCCUUCAGGUGUUUACCAGUACAGGUUUAUUGUUGAUGGACAAUGGAGAUAUGCCCCUGACAUGCCUUGGGCCCAGGAUGAAGCUGGCAAUGCGUAUAACAUUUUAGACCUGCAGGAUUAUGUUCCCGAAGACAUUGAAAGCAUAUCUGGUUUCGAACCUCCUCAGUCCCCAGAUUCAAGCUAUCAGAACUUGCAACUUGGUGCUGAAGACUAUGCAAAGGAGCCGCCAUUAGUUCCUCCACAUCUACAAAUGACUUUGCUCAAUGUUCCAUCAUCCCACAUGGAGAUUCCACCUCCUUUUUCAAGACCUCAGCAUGUUGUGCUUAACCAUCUUUACAUGCAGAAAGGGAGGAGCAGCCCAUCAGUGGUGGCACUUGGUUCAACUCAUCGGUUUCUAGCCAAAUAUGUAACUGUUGUACUCUACAAGUCCAUACAGAGGUGAAAAUACAUGUCUGUCUGGACACUAGUCUUUAAUCUGGUCAUGUAAUUGAUAUAUUUAGUAAGAGGUAAAUGUCAGGCCAAUGGCUUAAGAGAAUUCCAGAUAGAGCCAUUAUGGUUGACUCAAUUUAUAUGGUAUAAUGUAAAUGCUCGGAAUCAUCAUUUCUCCAACAAUUAUCUGGGUAUUCUGUCUUCUGUGUUUUCUGUUGUUCGUCUGCUGUAAUAUCCUCACUAGAAGAAACCAUUUUGACAUUGGAACGCUGGAUUGCUUAUCAUUGUUGUUUUGC